GGCUUUAGCUGAAAACAACUCGUGUCGUAAACAAGACGCUGUACGUCGCAACUUUACUGAGCUGCAUCCGGCCCUGCCUCACUGUGGCCACAUUAAUAUACGGUUUUUAGAGACAGCAGCCACUGAAAAAUAAAAAGUAAAUAUAAUGGCAGAUGAGGAGAACCUGCCCUCGGGAUGGGAGAAGAGAAUGAGCCGCAGUACAGGCAAAGUUUACUACUUCAACCACAUCACAAACGCCAGUCAGUGGGAACGUCCAGUGGGAGACGGCCGUGGAGAACCAGACAAGGUCCGCUGCUCCCACCUCCUGGUGAAGCACAAUCAGUCACGCCGUCCAUCUUCCUGGCGGGAACAAAACAUCACACGGACAAAAGACUCAUGUGUGGUUUGUUCUGCAGAGUACAUAGAACAGAUCAAAUCUGGAGAAGAGGAGUUCAAGGACCUGGCGUUUCAGUUCAGUGACUGCAGCUCAGCCAAGAACCACGGAGAUCUAGGACAGUUUGGCCGAGGUCAGAUGCAGAAGCCUUUUGAAGACGCCUCCUUUGCUCUAAAAGUGGGCGACAUGAGCGGCCCAGUGUUCACGGACUCUGGAGUCCACAUCAUCCUGCGCACCGGCUGAAGGAGGAGUCCCACGCCGCCCUGUCUCAGCCCCUACGCUCCAUCACCACCGCUCCACUCCCAUCCAGUGCUACCGUUAACACCACCCGCUCCACCGUACAACAAAACUAAUGGAAUGAUGUGACGUGAACAGACGGUCAGGGUGUGAGCGCCGCGGCCGGCGUGUGGCAGCUCCUGUGGCCUGGAGCUUCUCUCUACUGGAGGGUCUUCAUACGUGCAUGUCUCCAGACGGACCUUCUCUCAUGUGCAUACGGUUCUUCUUCUUGCAUUUCCCUAAACAAGUUUAUUAUUGAUUUAAACCUCCUCUGCCCCCUGCCCCCUCCCCACCCCGAAGAAAUUGAAAGGUGGACUCAGUGAAGGUCCAGGUUUUUACCCGUGCUCCGUGCAGCUGAUGUGUCAUUGAAGCUCCUCUUUCAUCAAUAAAUGAAAAUGUGUUUUCUACCA